AUAAAAACAGAAGCAGCAACAUUUCCUCAAACACAGCAGGACUGAGGCAGGUUGAACCGACACAGAGAGUGAGUGCGUGUCUGCAGCUGGAGCCAUGGCACUCAGGUGGAUCAUACUGUUCUUUGGCCUGGGACUAGCUGCUGCUAAGCUAACAGGUGAUACGGAAACCGAUGUUGACGAAGGCCAUGACUGGGACAUCUUAGACAUCAAUGAAGCGGCUGGACUGGACCUGCUGGAGGGAGAUAUCGAAGAGGAUGAAACAUUCAGCAGAAACUCCAUUAUAGGAGACAAGUACCGCUGGCCAACAACCAUUCCCUACUACCUAGAGGACAGUCUAGAAAUGAAUGCAAAGGGAGUGAUCCUGAAGGCAUUUGACCAGUACAAACUGAAGACCUGCAUUGACUUCACACCAUGGAAAGGAGAGAAGAACUACAUCUCUGUGUAUAAAGGGAGCGGGUGCUCCUCGCCUGUAGGCAACCAGCAUGUCGGGAAGCAGCGGCUGUCCAUUGGUAGAAACUGUGAUCGUCUAGGAACCGUUGAGCAUGAGUUCCUGCACGCUCUGGGCUUCUGGCACGAGCAGUCCAGAGCUGACCGCGAUGAUUACGUCGACAUCAUGUGGGAUCGCAUUGAACCUGGUAAAGACCACAACUUCAGAAAAUACAACGACACAGUGUCCAGCGCUCUGGGCGUUCCCUAUGACUACGGCUCUGUAAUGCACUACAGCAAGACGUCCUUCAACAUCGGCUCCGAUCCCACCAUCGUCACCAAGAUCCCCCACUUCAUGGAUGUGAUCGGUCAGAGGAUGGGGUUCAGCGCCAGUGACCUCGCCAAGCUCAACCGUCUCUACAACUGCACCACGUCUUCUAACUUUGUGGACAGCUGUGACUUUGAGUUGGAGAACAUCUGUGGGAUGAUUCAGGGUCCUGGCAACGCAAAGUGGGAACAACGUAGUUCUGUGAGCGGAGGGCCUCAGACUGACUUCUCCAACAUGGGAAAAUGCAAAGGAACAGGCUACUUCAUGCACUUCAGGACAGCCUCCACUAAACCCGGUGAAAACGCAUUCCUGGAGAGUCGUUGGCUUUACCCCAAACCUGGAGCCCAGUGUCUGCAGUUCUUCCUCUAUAACACCGGGGCAGAUGAUGAUGUCCUCAAUAUCUGGGUGCGAGAGUAUGACGAGGCCAACCCCAGCGGUAAACUGAAGCUCUUCAAGAGUAUUUCAGGAGGCGUUAUGGGCUCCUGGGAACUGCACAACAUCAAUCUGAAUGUGACAAAGAAGGCCCGUUUGGUUUUUGAGGGCGUGAGGGGAAAGAACCCAUCGAAGGGAGGUCUCUCUCUGGACGACAUUAACCUGUCAUCCACAAAGUGUCCUCAGCACAUCUGGCACAUCCGCAACAUCACCCGCCUGCUGGCCACCACACCAGCAGGAGAGAAACUGUACAGCCCUCGCUUUCUGUCUCCAGCAGGUUACUCCUUCCAGGUCGGUGUGUACCUAAAUGGAAAAAGCGACCGUCCAGGAUACAUGGCCACCUACUUCUACCUGACCUCAGGCCCCAACGACCACAGACUCAAGUGGCCGUGUCCGUGGCAGCAGGCAACUAUGGCCCUAAUGGAUCAGCAGUCUGACAUCAGACAGCAAAUGAACAUGCACCGAAUGUUCACCACUGACCCCGACAAGAAGUCCUCUGACGGCACUGAGUACUACUGGGACGAUCCCAGGAAGGUGGGCUCUAAAGUGACUGCGUCUGAUGGCAGCUAUUACUAUCGAGGUCCAGGCACUGGAACCAGUAGCUUCCUCACCCACAACAGACUAAAGAGCAGAAACUUCAUCAAAGGAGACGAUGCCUUCUUCCUCUUCAGCAUGGAAGAUAUAUCCAAUCUGCUGGUACCUCAGCCCCUACCCUACUCUGCAGUCCACGCUGACCCCAGUCUGAUGAAGGCUGCAGACCAAGGUGCUCCGCAGGAAGCUAAUAACUUCACGCUGGUCAUAGCUGUAGCAGGGUCUGUGGCAGCAGCCAUGUUGGUGGUUACGGUGCUCAUCGUAGGGAAUGCCUUGAGGAGGAGGAGGAGACACCAGGAGAGCGACAAGGCGGUGAUCAUACAGGACAUGCCUGGAUUCAUGGAAGAGCAGCCGAUCAAAGAUUUACCAUGAUGUCCCGAUAAAAGGAAAACAUCAGCAUUUAUCAGAAGAGAGAGCGCAUUACUAAAUUAUCUGUUUAAUCAGACUGUCACCUGACUCCUUUUCAUGUAUAAUUUGAAUUUGUAUGUUAGAAAUAAAAUCUCUGACCGCAUGCAUGCU